CCUUCCUCGCAAUGGCUUGCUCCCACUUUCCUCAGCUUCAUGGUUCCGAACAUAACGAGGUUUCCGAUAAGCUCGAUCGACUGAGUGAGUUGCCCGAUUCCUUAAUCCUUUCGAUUCUUUCGUGCUUGUGGUCGACGAGAGAUGUUGUUAGGACAACCAUUCUGUCGAAACGCUGGAAAGAUCUGUGGACCACAGUCCCCUGCCUUGAGUUCGAUGACGAAAAUCAAGAGUUUAUUAGUGGGGUUCUUGCACAAUGGAGAGGUGCCAAGAUUGAGAGAUUUUGCUUCCUUUGUUUGUCUGAUGAGGUGCCUCCUCCUACCAGGAGCGAUGUUGAAUCGUGGCUGCUUUUUGCGAUGGAGAAGCAAGUGGAAGAUCUACAUAUAUAUACCAAUGUCCCAUACUGCCCACCUCAGAGUUUGUAUUCAUGCUCCUCCAUUACAACACUCGACCUUCAAUAUUGUUCCUUGGAAAUCGAUGGGAGUGUGCAGUGGAAUCAACUCAAGAAUUUAUCAAUUCAAAAUCCGUAUUCCUUGUCUGCUGACGCCAUAAGCAAACUUCUCUCCGGUGCCCCUCACUUGGAAUAUUUGACUUUGACUACGCUUGAUAUUGAUGGAAACUUCGAUAUCGUCUCUCCCAGAUUGAAGACGCUCCUAAUCGAAGAGGCUGGAAUAUAUGGAGAGCUCACGAUUCGGGCGCCUAAUCUCUUGACUUUAGAAAUUCUCGCAUCCAUUUACAAUGGUUCCAGUGUUUUGUGCCAUGUCCCAUCUUUGACUAAAGCUUGUAUUGAAGCUCGUGAUUGGGAUGCGUAUGAUCCGCCUCCUGAAAUGUAUGAUCCGCCUCUUGAAACGUUUUAUCAGCUUUUAAGAUGCAUCUGCCAUGUUAAGAAGGUUGAAUUAUCCGAGUUGAGCACUGAGUUGCUUCUCACCAUGAAGAAUAAAGAUAUGGUUGUUGGGUUUCCAAAUGCGGAGGUUCUAAAUCACACAGGCUUACUACGAUAUAUUGGCCUUCUUCAUUUCCUUGAUCUUCUUGAGUUGUUUCCAAAGCUGAAGAUGUUAAGUUUUCAUCAAACACAGGCUUACCAGGAUUUUAAUCCCAUUGUUGUGACGCCAUUUCCCUGUCCCUCAGUGCUCCAUCUAAAUACAGUUGAGAUUUCUUGGUCUGCAGAAGACCCCUCAAUAAUUCCAUUUAUAGAAUUUAUCUUGCAAAAUGCUCCCUUGCUCCACAAACUUGUGUUUUCUCUUUUACCGUUAAGUUGUAAUCGUAAGCGUUUCCUAAUGAUAGAAGAGAAGGUGCAAAGUAUGCCAAGAUCCUCCCCAACUGCUGAGGUUAUUAUAGUAAGGAAGUAGCAUUUGUUCUAAUUAUUUACUUGUUUCUCAGCUUGCUUUACUAUGUAUGGUAUGUUUUUAAGCAACAUCAUCUCCCUGCUGAUGUUCAUAGCAUAAUUAACUAUUUUGAUGCAGUUUGCCAUGAAUUAGUUUUCUA